CUUAUUUGUAGCAAUUUCAACUUCCUUCAACGCGCAUUCAUAGAAACCCGACUGGAAGGCCUUGCUCGAAUGGCACUCAAAGGCGUGUUACGACGACUGGCGACCGCCUACACAGUGGUCCUGGCUAUAGUCAACCUUUAUUUUUCCAACUACGCACGUCUGCAUGCACUGCUCCACCCACGCUCGGACAUCCGCUUCAACCUGUACGGCGACCCACAGAUCGAAGGCGACGCCAAGCUCAAGCGCGAGCCUACCACGGGCAAAUACGACCUUCUAUUCAACGACUAUUACCUGCGGCACGUCUACAAGUCCACCAUCAACGCAUUCAACCCGCAGUAUGUGAUGACCAUGGGCGACAUAUUCUCGUGCCAGUGGGUUAGCCGCGAAGAGUACUACAAGCGACUACACAGGUUCAAGUGGAUCUCGUACCAGGAGGACGAGCUGAACAAUACAAUCCCCAACAGCCAUAUACAUUAUACAAUGGCGGGGAACCACGACAUCGGGUACGGCGAGGAGACAGAGGCAUACCACAUUGCCCGAUACACAAACAACUUUGGCCCGCUCAAUCUGGACUUUUAUGUCAGCGCAAAAGAGGACAGGCCAUUGCACCAUGUGGCUAUUCUCAAUGCAAUGAAUUUGGACAGAUCGCGCAACGACGAGUAUCGAGCCGAGGUUUGGGACUUCGUCCACAAGCUGGCGGCUGAUCGGCGAGAGAACCCAGAGAUUCCGCUACUGCUGUUUUUGCAUAUUCCGCUCAGCAAGCCCGACGGCGUGUGCAUUGACAAGGCCGCAACCAAAUACGUUGAUGGGUUUGUCAGCUACCAGGACUUUUUGUCACCAGCGACAUCAGCUUUCCUGCUGCACUGUCUAAAGCCCACAUUCGUCUUCAACGGCCACGACCACCGCGGCUGCGUUGCCGCGCACAGAGUAGCUGAGUCUCCGGCACUUGCGAUAGAGCUUAUUGGCAGCGGCAGCGUAAAGAAUGUCACAGCCAUCGACGAGUUCUGCCAGUUGACCCCAGAGGAACUCGGAGCACACCAGGAUGUCCUGGACAAGGCGAUGGCUGGGACCAUGACUGCGGCGAUGGAGUUUGAUGAGGCCAGCGGACCGUGGUCUGCGAUCGAAGUCACGGUCCGGGCCAGCAUGGGCGAGCUUGACGGCGUCGCCGGCAUUUUCGACCUGACUGUUGACGAGGAGGGGCCAGGCACGGUGGGCAUAGCUGCCCAGUCCGAUCGUCGCAAUGUGGCAGCCCGCGCCAACGGCUUCCGGUACCAGUACCGCGAAGUCGCCCUGGGCAACCACCUGGUCAUCCGCAUACUGCUCAUCACCGACGCGAUCAGCGUGCUGGUUCUGUCGGCGCUGUUUGUCAUCCUGCGCAACUGAAAACAGACGGUGACGGCAUUUUUUUUCGAGAAAGUUUAUUUUCGUUGACUCCGUUGAAGGAAACAAAAAAGAGGAG